CUGUUGUUUUGUACGUCAACCGUUCAUCCUGGAGCUCCCUUACGGUCGAACAGUCCGACUUGCCAUCUUCAGCCUUCUUCUUGCUACUGCUUUUGCUGGACCCCACUACUCCAAAACCGCAAACAUGGCCAUGGUUGGUGGAUUUGGUGCUCCUCGCGACGCCGACGAAGAGAUUCAGCAAGUUGCCGACGCUGUCAAGUCGGAUGUCGUUGCCAAGAUUGGCAAGGAUGUUGAGCAGUUCAAGGCCAUUCAGGUCUCCACCCAGGUUGUGGCUGGCACCAACUAUCUGAUCAAGGUGGACGUGGGCUCCAACGAGUUUGUGCACAUCAAGGUGUUCCGCUCUCUGCCCCCCUUCCAGCACGAGCUCAAGGCCGUCGAGACUGGCAAGGGUGCGACGGAUGCCCUCAGCAACAUUGAGUAAAGCUUUGGCAUGACGUAUGGCAUAGAAUACUUCGCGACGCUUCCGGCUGACACAAGACUUGCCACAGCCCCACACUUUCAAGACUUGC